CUCCAAGGAACGUAUAUACAAGAGCUUAAACCCGCUCUCAAAAAACAAAAGACUAGAGCUUAAACCCUAAACCCUUCACCGCGCCAUUCAGAAACCCUGCACGGCACAAACACCGCACAGCUUUCUCCGACGGAGCUUUUCAAUAUCAACAAACUCUCGGAUUCUUCAAUUUCAAUCAUCUUACGCAAAGGCUAACUCUUAAUUUCAUCUUAGUUUUCAUACUUGUUGUUGAAACGAAAGGAAGUUAUAUUUAUUUUAAUUUCGGUUUUUGUUUUUAUAUAUAUAUUCAUUUCUCUGUUAACAGUUCAUUUUGUUAGAGAAUUGUUUUAAGGUUGAAAUGUCGAUCGACGGAAGUUUCAGCGUUCAUUUGUCACUUCGGAGAUUGCUUUAUCGUUGUCCAAAGCUUCAAUCCUUUCCUCAGAUUGCUUCUUUAGCACAGAAGGGGAACUUGGUUACGGAAGAGGAAGUGGUUAAUGUGUUAGUGGGGGUUUUUCUGAAUCCAAGUUAUACAAUUCCAUUGAUGGGAUGUUUCCGGGCAAUUGCCAGAAAUUUUGUAGAUAAAGCUGUUGCUUUGCUUCGUUUUGUACCAAAUUUGAGGUCCAAUACCGUGGAUGAUGCUAUGGAAGUUGACUCUGACAUUGUCUUAGAUGAUGUUGCCAAUUUUGUAGAGUACUAUGUUGAACAGGGAAGGGGUCUUGAUCUUCAUGAGCACGUUUGUCUAGCAUUCUGUCGUGCUAUUGAGAUGAGUUGUUUUUCACUAAGUUCUGUGUUAAGCUAUUUCAAAUUCGCACCUGCUCCGUUUGAAAGAUUUUCAGGGAAUGAAGUUAUGGUUGAGCCCCAUGUAUUGCGUGUUGCUCGCAUAUCAUACCGCUUUCUUCUUUUGAAACCUGAAAUUUUCUCAAAGCUUUGGGACUGGUCUUGUUUUCUGGAACUCCAGCCAUGCAAAUCAGACCUGAUAUGGUGCAGGGGUCAGAUAUUAAGAGUUGUGCUUAAAUCAGGAUCAAGAUCCAAUGAAAGCUUGAAUAUUGAAGCGCAGGAAGUAUCUGCGUGUUUGUUGCGUUGGGAAGAGUUUUGUGGGGACACAUUAUUAGAGAAAGCCAGUUGGUUUGUUGAACCAACAGCAGACUAUGUGUCUGAAUCUCCUAGUAGAAGCAUGGAUUUCGAUCAAGAGAUCUGUUUAAAUUCCUUAAGAUUUAAUUAUCAUCCUGUUGGUUCUCCAAAAGGUAACGGGUUGCAGCCACCUUUUAGCACCAAACGGCUUACCACAAGGGAUGAUAUAUCAGCAAGUUAUACAUUCAUAUUGACAUCAGCAGUGAAGAAAAGUUAUGAAAGAGUUCUAUUGGCAGCGAGUCAGAAGUGGCCCGUUCUUUUAUGUGGUCCCUCUGGUUCUGGAAAAUCGGCUCUUAUUGCUAAGCUGGCUGAGGAUAGUGGUAACCAAGUUAUAUCUAUCCAGAUGGAUGAUCAGAUUGAUGGCAGAACAUUGGAAGGGGGAUAUGUCUGUACAGAUAGGCCUGGGGAGUUUAGGUGGCAGCCUGGGUCACUUACUCAGGCUGUGCAGAAUGGAUUUUGGAUUGUUUUUGAGGAUAUAAACAAAGCACCAUCUGAUGUACACUCCAUUUUGUUGCCUUUAUUGGAAGGAGCUGAUUCAUUUAAGACAGGACAUGGGGAGGUCAUAAAGGUGGCAGAGAGUUUUAGAAUGUUUUCAACUAUUGCUGUUUCCGAGUUUGACUCUUUUGAGAGUGCAGGUCAAGAUGCACUUAGUGUCCUUUGGAGAAGAAUAAUAAUUCAACCACCGGAAAUUAAAGAUUUGCAAGAGAUAGUCAAAGCGAGGUAUCCUGAUUUGGGGCUUCAUGCAGGCAAACUCAUAGAAACCUUUGAAAGGGUCAAUUCUAUUUCCAUGUUUCAAAUAGUGGGUUUCCAUGCUGAAUGCUCUUCUGUCUAUUGUCUCGGCAGGUUCUCAUUAAGAGAUCUCUUGAAAUGGUGUAAAAGAAUUACCGGUUUAGGGUUUUGCUUUGAUGGUAGCUUGUCAGAAGAGCAGUGUAAUUAUAUAUAUACAGAGGCAGUUGACGUAUUUGCGGCAUCUCCAGCUUCAUUUGAUAACCGAUUAUCAAUAAUGAAAGAGAUAGGAAAUAUUUGGAAAACACGAGGGUCUGCUGCUGAGACCUUAUAUCCCCUCGACAAACCAAUAUAUCAGGAUUCUGUCACAGGUUUAAAAAUAGGUCGAGUUUUCCUCCCGUAUAAAAAAGAACCUUUACAUGAUCGUGUAAUACCAUUUGUUGCAAUCCGUAGUUCUUUGUUUGUAUUAGAGCGUAUUGCUUGCUCUGUCAAGCAUAAUGAACCUGUACUCUUGGUUGGAGAAACUGGUACUGGAAAAACUACCCUUGUUCAAAAUUUGGCUUUAAGGCUUGGUCAGAAGCUUACUGUUUUGAACAUGAGUCAGCAAAGUGAUGUUGCGGACUUACUUGGAGGAUUCAAGCCUGUGGAUGAACAGUUUGUGUAUUCGAAUCUUUGUCAAGAAUUUAUGGCUUUAUUUGCUAGGACAUUUUCUAAAAAGAAAAAUAAAACAAUUCGUGGAUAUCUAGAGAAGUUUUUAUGUAACAAGAAUUGGGAAAAGCUACUUAGAGGAAUUCAACAAGGAGUUGAGAAGGCACAACAGCAUCUAAGUAUUGAGCUUACAAGUAUUGAGCAGAUAAAUAUUGAACCAUACAAAAAGCGUAAAAGGCCAUUAGGAGAGGAAAUUUUCCAAGCUUGGGAGAGAUUUUCUAUAAAACUUGACAGUGUCUGUAAAAGUAAUCCAUCUUCUGGGAUGCUGUUUUCAUUUGUAGAAGGAAGUUUUGUUACUGCUCUUAGAAAGGGUGAGUGGAUUUUACUUGAUGAGGUGAAUUUGGCUCCUCCAGAAACCUUGCAAAGAAUAAUUGGUGUUCUAGAAGGGGAAAAUGGGGCACUGUGUUUAGCUGAAAGAGGUGAUAUUGAUUAUAUACACCGUCAUCCAAACUUUCGUAUAUUUUCUUGUAUGAAUCCAGCAACUGAUGCAGGGAAACGAGAUUUGCCCUUUUCAUUGAAGAGUAGAUUUACUGAAUAUUUUGUUGAUGAUGUUCUGGACGAAAAUGAUUUGAGUCUGUUUAUUAGUCAGUUCAUUAAUAGUGGCCAUAUAAAGCUGGUGAAUAAAAUUGUGCAAUUCUAUAAAGAAUCGAAAAAGGAAUCUGAAGAGAGGUUGCAGGAUGGUGCUAAUCAGAAACCGCAAUACAGUUUAAGGUCCCUUUAUCGCGCCCUAGAGUAUACAAGGAAAGCGGAGAGACAGUUUGGAUUUCAGAAGGCUUUAUAUGACGGUUUUAGUCUGUUUUUUCUCACAUUGUUGGAUGAAUCUAGUGCUGACUUGAUGAGGCAAAAGAUAUUGUCUCUUUUAUUGGGGGGGAAUAUGCCUUUACACGUUCCUUUUGACAAAUAUUUAAGUACCUUCAAAUCCGACAGAGAUUCUGAGAAAUAUGUUAAAACGGAAAGUGUCAAGGAGCAUCUUGGUAAUUUGGCUCGAGCUGUUCUAAUUAAGAGAUACCCUGUUCUCUUACAGGGACCAACGUCUAGUGGGAAAACUAGCCUUGUUCAGUAUCUUGCUUCUGUAACUGGGCAUGAGUUUGUAAGAAUCAAUAAUCAUGAACACACCGAUUUGCAAGAGUAUCUAGGUUCUUAUAUAACUGAUGCUAGUGGAAAGCUUGUUUUCAAUGAAGGUGUUUUGGUAAAAGCUGUAAGAAACGGUUCCUGGAUUGUACUGGAUGAGCUUAACUUGGCUCCCUCUGAUGUGCUGGAAGCAUUGAACCGAUUACUUGAUGAUAACAGAGAGCUUUUCGUUCCUGAACUGCAAGAAACAAUUAAAGCACAUCCAAAUUUCAUGCUUUUUGGAACUCAAAAUCCACCUACACAUUAUGGCGGGAGAAAAAUGUUGUCACGGGCAUUUCGUAACCGUUUCAUAGAGAUUCAAGUUGGUGAGAUUCCCGACAACGAGCUGAGCAAAAUAUUGGGGGAGAGAUGUCAAAUUCCUUUAAGUUAUGCCUCAAAAAUGGUUGAAGUAAUGAAGGAGCUUCGGAUGCACAGACAGAGUAGCAGAGUCUUUGCUGGGAAACAUGGAUUUAUAACUCCUCGAGACUUGUUUCGUUGGGCUGAACGUUACAAGGAAUUUGCUCCACCUGAAUUUGCUCCACGUCAAGAAUCCUCGGGUAAAGAGUGCUUGGCUAAAGAUGGUUAUUAUCUUUUGGCAGAACGACUACGGGAUGAGGAUGAGAAAUCUGUUGUUCAAGAAGUUCUGGAAAAACAUUUCCGGGUUAAAUUAAACAUACAAAAUUUAUAUGGUCAGAUAUUGUCUGGAGAGAGCCCUUCUUCCAAUUCAAUUGUUGGCUUAGGAAGUUCAAAGAGUCUUGAACGUGUAUUCAUGACCAAAAGUAUGGAGAAGCUAUACUUCCUUGUGGAACGCUGCUUUACACGACGUGAGCCUGUGCUACUUGUAGGGGAAACAGGUGGAGGGAAGACCACUGUUUGUCAGUUACUAAAUGCUCGUUUGCAGUCAAAGUUACAUAUCUUAAAUUGUCAUCAGUAUACAGAAACAUCUGAUUUUAUAGGGGGUUUUCGUCCUAUUCGAGACAAAUUUAGACUGAAUUCUAACUACGAAGAGAUGAUUGAACAGUUGAAGAAACUGAAGGCUUUUACAUGCUAUCCUCAAGACCACUUUAUUUCUUCUUGCAUAGAUCAAGCUUCUGCAACUAUUGAUCUACUGAAUUGUAUGAUAAGGGAAUAUAAAGAGGGUCGAGUUUGUGGUGUUAAUGUCAGCAAAGAAGACCUUUAUGCUUUUGAGCAAUUAAAGUUGAACCUCGGUGUAUUGCAUCAAAAGUGGCAGAGCAUAUUUGUGUGGGAAGAUGGUCCCCUUGUAAAAGCAAUGAAAGAUGGCAAUCUCUUUCUUGUGGAUGAGAUAUCCUUGGCGGAUGAUAGUGUACUUGAGAGAUUGAAUAGUGUGUUGGAGCCCGAAAGGACGCUAUCUUUGGCUGAGAAAGGAGGGUCUGAACUAGAGAAAGUUGUGGCACAUCCAAAUUUUUUUGUUCUUGCAACAAUGAACCCUGGUGGUGAUUAUGGUAAGAAAGAGCUGUCUCCAGCACUACGCAAUCGCUUCACAGAGAUAUGGGUUCCCCCUGUUAUUGAUUUAGAUGAGCUUCAAGGAAUUGCUAUGGAAAGAAUUUCCAAGUUUAAAGGCCCCACAUAUCAAGAAAGACUAUUACUCAUUGUUAAUGCUAUGAUUAGUUUUUGGGAGUGGUUCAACAAAUUACAUCCAGGGAGAAUGCUUACUGUCAGAGAUCUCAUUUCAUGGGUUGCUUUUUUCGAUAUAACGGGAGAAAGUUUAGGACCUGAACAUGCACUUCUUCAUGGAGCAUUUCUUGUUUUGCUUGACGGGUUAAGUCUAGGGACAGGAAUUUCAAAAACAGAUGCUGGAGAGCUUAGGGAGAGGUGUUUAUCCUUUCUUCUACAAAAGCUGAGGGUUGAUGAAAGUAAUUUACUAUAUUCAAAGCUUUCAAGAAUGGGAAACUAUGGUUGGGGUGAAUAUGGUGCCAACAUGGAUGUGUCACACAGUGAUGAGAAGAAACAUGAUGAUUUAUUUGGCAUCGAUCCGUUUUAUAUCAAGAAAGGUUUCAGCAGUUGUGAGGAGGGUGGGUUCGAAUUCAAAGCGCCAACCACCCGCAAAAAUGCCUUGAGAGUUUUGCGGGCUAUGCAGCUUCCAAAGCCUGUUUUACUUGAAGGUAGUCCAGGUGUGGGGAAAACGAGUUUAAUCACUGCCUUGGGAAAAUAUUCUGGGCAUAGAGUUGUACGGAUAAACUUAUCUGAGCAGACUGAUAUGAUGGAUCUGUUGGGGUCUGAUUUACCCGUGGAAAGUGAUGAAGGAAUGAAGUUUUCUUGGUCUGAUGGGAUACUACUGCAGGCCUUGAAGGAAGGCUGUUGGGUUUUGCUGGAUGAGCUUAAUCUUGCCCCACAAUCUGUUUUAGAGGGUUUGAAUGCUAUUCUGGACCAUCGAGCUGAAGUGUUUAUACCGGAGCUGGGUAAUACUUAUAAGUGUCCUCCAUCAUUUAGAAUUUUUGCGUGUCAGAAUCCAUCACAUCAAGGUGGUGGCCGGAAAGGCCUUCCAAGAUCCUUCCUAAAUCGAUUUACCAAGGUAUAUGUGGAUGAGCUACUGGAGGACGAUUAUCUGUCCAUUUGCAAAUCAAAAUUUCCAAAUAUCCCGGAGCCUAUACUUUCAAUGUUAAUCUUAUUUAAUAAAAGGAUGCAUGAAGAAACUAUGCUGAAUCAAAAUUUUGCAAAGGAUGGCUUCCCAUGGGAAUUUAAUCUUCGUGAUGUGUUUCGAUCUUGUGAGAUAAUUGAAGGUGCACCGCAGCCUUUGGAAGCACAUUCCUUCUUGAACAUUGUCUACAUUCAAAGAAUGCGUACGGCAGCUGAUCGGAAGGAAGUCAUACAGGUCUUCAAGGACGUAUUUAAGGUGAUACCGUAUAUAAAUCCGUAUCCUCGUGUUCAGCUCAAUUCAGAUAAUUUAAUUGUGGGCAAUGUUGCAAUUAAGAGGAAUGUCACCCAAUUUUAUACUGCCUCAAGCAGUCAGCUCCUGAUACAACCUAAAAUCUGUCAAAGUUUGGAAGCUGCAGCUCUUUGUGUAGAGCAUCAAUGGUUAUGUAUCUUGGUUGGCCCAUCAUGCUCAGGAAAAACUAAAUUGUUACGAUUACUAGCUGCCCUAACAGGCAAUGUACUGAAUGAAGUAAAUCUUUCAUCUGCAACUGAUAUUUCUGAAUUACUGGGAUCUUUUGAACAAUAUGAUGCCUUGCGUAACUUUCGUACAGUUGUUGCUCAAGUUGAGGGCUAUGUUAACGAGUACUGUAGUUUGCAACUGGAGGUUUUGAAUGGAGCAGCGUUUAAGGAAACAGAUUUAUAUAGAAGAUGGACUGAUUUUUCGUCUAAAUUUGACAUCUUAGCUUCUGCUUCAAAUUAUCUUGAAAACUGGAGGAAUAUAAUUUGUUCUCUUAGUUUGUUAGACGAGAUCAUUGAAAAACUGAAGUUGUUUAUAGAAAAUAAUUCUCUCUUCUUAUCUUAUUCAAUUCGGGAUCUUGAUUUUGUCAAGCAUACCAUUUUAAAACUGAAAGCAAAUGAUCAGAAAAACUUGGUUUCCACAAAAUUUGAAUGGGUUACAGGAUUAUUGAUCAAGGCAAUAGAGCGAGGGGAAUGGAUUGUACUGGAGAAUGCAAAUCUUUGUAAUCCCACGGUUCUUGAUAGGAUUAACUCUUUGGUUGAACCUAGUGGAUCAAUCACUGUCAAUGAGCGUGGAAUUGUUGAUGGAAACCCCUUGGUUAUCCACCCACACCAAAAUUUCCGCAUGUUUCUCACAGUUAAUCCCCGCUACGGUGAAGUUUCUCGAGCUAUGCGUAACAGAGGAGUUGAGAUAUUUAUGAUGGAGCCAUACUGGGCUUUGGAUGAUAUAAGUGGAAGCCUUGAGAUUUUCGAGUCCAAAGAUGUGAAGAGAUUUCUCAGUUUAGCGGGUAUCCCAUUUGCUCAAUUGAUUGAUUCCAUGGCCAGAGCCCACAUGUAUGCUAAAAGUGAAGGUUCAAAGCUUAAUGUUCACAUUACAUAUCUUGAACUUUCACAUUGGGUCCAUCUUUUUUGGCAACUUCUCAUGAACGGGUGUCGUCCCAUCUGGAGUCUACAAUUGAGUUGGGAGCAUACAUACCUCUCAUCAUUCUAUGUUGAAGGGGAACAAAUUAUCAAUUUUGCCAAAACACAAUUUUUAUCAGGAACUGGUUUGUCUAGAUAUGAUCCUUUGGCAGACUGUCCCUUGGGCUUGUCAGGAGGAUGGCCAGUGACAUUAAGUUUAAGAGAUUAUAUAUAUUACUCAAAAGAAGCUUCAAUCAAACAGAAUUGCAUGUAUCUGGAGUUCCUGGGAACUCAAUUUGCGUCACAACAAUAUCAAAUUGCUCAGAGAAGGUACUCAAGAGAUGGCUUGCAAACUACUGCUGAUCAUGGGAGGCCAUAUUUAAUGGAUAUGAGGAUGUUGCAUGAUAUUAUGUUUCCCAAGACUUCAAUUGGGAUAAUCACACACUCUGAAAGUGAAUUUGAGUUCGACUCAGAAUUGGCAAACAAAAUGCUCUUAUUUGCGGCCAAUUGGACAAUUGAACAGGCAACAGAAAGUGAUUUUAAGUUAUAUCUUCUCAGGUUUGAUUGGUUUAGUUCUCAGCUGCAGCCUUUCUGCCAGUUCUUUGGUUACUUCCACAAUCUCAUAGGACAGAUGAUUGAACAUCCUAUUUGGCAAUAUAUUUCAGACCGCAGGAAACUAGAUGUUGAUAUGCAGUUGAUGCCAUUGUUAUCUCUUGAUUUAGUUGAUUUGGCAGCACCAAAUAGUGAAAUUAAAUAUCUCUGUAAUGCCAUUCGUUGCUUCGAUCAGCUAAGGUUAACUAACCAGCAAUGGAUUACUGAGAUGCAGUAUAGUUUUACAGAUGCAAUGAGUUGCUUUGGUCCAGUUUUAAAGUCUCUCCGUGCGUUGGAAAAAGAAUUCCUUAGUAAACUUGUGGAGUCAACUCCUAAGCUAAUUGAAGAUAAAUCUUUUGAUGAUAUAAUACAGUUAUACUCUGACCUUAUUGAGGAUCAUGUUUUAUUCUGGCGUUACUUCAGUUCUUCAAUGUUUGACCAGAUGGUGAUUUCUUGGCAUUCUUUGCUGAAAGAUGCUGCGAAGUUUAUGACUAUCUGUCCUAAAGCUGUAAACCAUUUUUUGGUGGAAAGCGAAAAAUUGAAAAAAAUUUCAUCAGAAAAAUCCUUGCUGUGGAUUCAUGGUGGUCACCCAUUUUUGCCCACCUCGUCUGAUUUACAUGAUAAAAAUCAGCAGCUUCUAAAAUUGUAUGAAGCACUUUGGCCUAGGAAGAGAGCAAACAAUAGUAAUCAAGGAAUGUUGACCAGCCAUCAUGUCGAUGCUGUCGUAGCAUUUGAUCAUGAUCUUCGCUACCUUGUAUUGCAAGAUAUCUCCAACUCCUCGUUUAUGAUAGCAAAACGGAGUCAUGAAGAUGAUGGUGCUCAUAUUAUUGAGAAGUUAGACGAGGCAUAUCAGGUAAUGUUAGGAAGGUUAGAACAUGAACAGCACAAGUUGCAAACGAACACUGGAUAUAAAGAUCUUUCAGCUUAUGCUGAUAGUCUAGCUUCUUGUUGUUUGUCAACACCGGAAUUGUUGUGCCAAAACUCUGUAUCUGAGGGAUGGCAGGAUACAUUUCCUCCAGCAGACGCUACCAGUCUAUUCAGGGACAUGGAGUUACUAAAGGAGCUCUCAUCUGUGCCUUUGGACGAACUUGAAGGCUUACACCAAGUUGUGGGACGUCUUUCCUACCUUUUGGACUCUGCUUUAAAAUUUUCUCUGAGUUUCUCAUCAAGACCCCCACAAAUGUUUUCACCACAUCAAAAGAUCUCGUGGACCUUGAAUGCAUGGACUUCAAUGGAUGCAGUGAAUAUUAAAAUUGCAAGCUUUAUUCUGGAGAUGUGGUUUAACUGGCAUGAAUCCUUGUGGGCAUGUUUUCCUGAUUUUGUGAAGAAUUUCUCAAAGAUCGAAGGUUUUGAUAAUAUCAGUAUUGCACUACCCCACAUGCUCAUUCAGCCUGUGUGUGCUUCAACUGUUUUACAGAUCACGGAAAGCUCACAUGCUAUCAAGGAGUUUUGGGUGCAAUGUCUGAAGUGUAGAGUUUCCUUGUCCAAUUUGUGGAAUUCCUCUCACCCUGGGGCAUAUUUGCCUAAAUUUCUUUUGUCUGCUGCUCGUUCCCUUUUUCAGCAAAUUAUUUAUGCGCACAGAAAAUCGUUUGAUGCAGAUCAAUUUGCUGGAAUUAAAUAUAACUUUUCUUCUUUCGAGAGAAAUACGACUACAGAAGAAAGCAUCCAUUUGGUGAGCACCCUUGUUGCUUCAUCACGACACCGAAGAUUGAAAAACUCCGUUAAUAAGUUCAUUGUUCCUCUGCUUAGGGAGCUGUAUCUUCACUCCACUACUGCUGAUUUCAAUUUCAAUUAUACGAUUGGUUGUGCAUGGGCACACAUUGGAGCUUUACGCAUUCAUCUCUUGCUUAGCUAUAAUGAGGUUGAUCCUGCCAUGAAGUACUAUUGCAAGUACACUCAGCUUGAAGAAACAAUAUCAUCACUUGAACUUGAAAUUCAGGUGCGGAAAGAGUGUGGGUAUUUAGCAGGACAGUUUUUGACAGUAGAAGCUGAUAAAAGAAAAGCUGAACGACUAGAAAAGCUUCAAGCAGAGCGUAAAAAGCUGCAAAGAAAGAUCGUGUUUCGCUCUGAAUCCUGGAAAUACAAGAAGUUAAUGAAUGAAUGCGAUGAGUUUCUCAAACAUGUUGCUGGUUUGGAAGUUCUGGUCGGUAAUGUUGAAGCAGAGGAUCUACAACAGGUUAUCGACCGCACUCACAGUUGGCAGGAAACAGCAAUGUGUUUCAUUAAUCGAUUGACGGAUGAGUACACAGCAUAUAAUGACAUUAUUCAACCCAUUCAAGUCGCUGUGUAUGAGAUGAAAUUUGGGUUAUCACUGGUUCUGUCAAGCACCUUGGAGAAAGAAUAUUUGAGAAAAGUUGGGCAUGAAAACAUCAACUCGAUUAUGGAAAUGAUAUAUGUACUUAUGCGCUUCCCCCGAGCUGCUUCAUGCAAGUUCAUUUCCAUUGAGUAUGUUGGAUUAGACUGGCAUCCGUCAUACAAGCUAGAUUUUGGGGAAGACUUUAAUUUGAAUAUGGGUUUGAUGGAAAGGCUUUAUAAUCUUUCAAGUGGCGUUUCUACUGAUAAGAAGGUAUCUGUGAUGCGAUAUAGAGCUGCCAUCUAUUGGAACAUUCUCGUUCAAAUUGCAUAUUCUAUAUCAAAUGCAAAAAUAAUCGACCGUGCAUCUUAUAUGCAUUUGCAAAAGAUAUUUUACGAGUUUGCCAGCCUUUGGAUGAGUAUGAAAGGUUAUGCAAAAUCAAAAAGCGAAUAUGAUGCUCAACAGUUCAAGUUUAAGUCUCGAGCAUUCCAAAUUGAGAGUGUUAUUGAGGUUGAAAUACCAGCUCUUGCAAAUUCAAGUGCAACUGAAGCAUUUUCUGAAUGGAAAGAAUUUUCUUAUGAAGAAAAAUCCGCAGACAAAAUGGAAUCAUCAGAGGAAUAUGAAAUAUCGGAUGAAGAAUGGAAGUACCUGGAAGAGUCUUUCCUGGACAAUGUGGUUCUCAUUCACACUCAGUUAUUUGGAUCUGGUGAUCUAGUCCAAGAUCCCGGAAUCUUCAAAAUUUCUGAUGAAGAUCGGUUGCAUUCCUUCAGCGAGUCAUAUAAAUUGGGUAUCAAUUUAAUCAAAGGUGUCCACUCUCCAAAUUUGGCCAGUUUAGAUGCUAAACUGAUUCCAGAACAUUUAUUUUAUCUCUGUAUUGACUAUAGAAGAAAGUUUCUUUCGUCAUCCAAAUCAGCUAAUAGAUUCAAUUUUUACAAGGAUUCAAAUGCUCAUGAGAUUGAACAAAUGCUGAAAGUACUUGCACCACUAAGACAGCAGGUUUUCUCUCUUCUAAAUGAGUGGGAAGAACAGAAUGAUCUUCAGAAAUUUCUGGAUGUCAUUGACAUGCUCCUGACUCUUCCAUCUGAUAUCCCUCUAGCGAAGGUUUUUUCAGGGUUGCAGUUUUUACUUCACAAGGCUCAAGUUAUGCAAGAAAAUAAUUCAAAGUUCUCCUUCUCAAAUCAGUUGAAAAAUGUUUUUGAUCUGAUGUCAUCAUGGCAUAAGAUGGAACUGGGUUCUUGGCCCACACUGCUUGAUGAGGUGAUGGAUCAAUAUGAGAACAAUGCUAAAAAAUUAUGGUUUCCUCUAUACUCGCUUCUUCUACCCAGUACUUCUGAUAUUCCAUCCAGUACUUCUGAUCAAGCAAUUGUCCAAAGCCUGGAGGACUACAUUCAGACCUCCAGUAUUGGGGAAUUCGGGAAACGUCUUCAGCUUCUUUAUGCUUUCCUUGGUCAAAACCAUAUCAGUGCAUGCCUGAAAAAUAAUUCCAGUCGUCCUUGUUGGAUGGAACAGUCAACAUUCUUGUUCUUGUACAAUAUUUUUGGAUAUUACGUGCAGUUCUUACCAAUUGUAUCGAAGUACAUUGAUGCAAGUAGGAAAGAAAUAUUAAUUGAACUGAAAGAAUUGGUGAAACUAUGUCGAUGGGAGCAUGAUAAGAGUUAUUCAUCAAUUGAAAACUUGAAAAAGAGUCGGCAGAAGCUGAAAAAACUUAUACAGAAGUAUACCGAUAUUCUGCAAGAAUCUUUUCAAAAUGUUCUACAUAGAGGUUCAAUCAGUAACGCUUCUGAUUUGCCAUUGUUCAGUGAUGAAAACAGGUCAAUGUGGUUUGAAAACUGCAGCAUGGCACUAGACAAUGCUUUUCAGAAUUUGCAUCUUAAGAAAACAUCAGCAUGUGAUGUUUUGAUUUUACAGCAGAAAAAUGUUGAAGAAAUUGGAAGCAUAUUGAGAUCUUGUGAUUCCCAGCAUACACUUUACCUGGAAGGAUGGAAAGAUGCAUGGCAUACUGUUGAAAAUAUUUAUAUUAAAGCAGUGGAUUCCGGUAACGUUUGGAAGGAUGAUAAGCAUGGUCAAAGGAAGAGAAGAACUUUGUCUGAUCUUCUCGACCUUUUAAGAAGUAGUGGGUUGCCUCCCAACAAGUCAACUGAUAAGGACCAGCGUAAAGAUUGGUGGUUCCUUGAGCUCUCUGGGAACGUGCAAUGUCUACUUCUAGAAAAUAGUAGAUUCGCUAGUCCAUCAUCCUUGGAAAUUGAUGCUAAAGUCGAAGAUACUGAUGUCCUUGAAGAAAGCUCACUUAGGGAGUGGAAGACAGCUAUUGAGCAUUACUUUAAGAGUGUUACGUCUGUGCUUCUUCUGCAGGAGACAUGCCAAAAUCCUCAUAAAGAUAUAACUCUUGAACAGGUUAAUAGGUCCAGUUCUUUCGUUAGUCAGCUUGUUCAGAUACAAAAGAAGCAACUAGCGGAUGCCAGUGCAUUUGGCGAGAAAUUGAAAUGCUUUAGAGAAUGUGCAUCUACUGUGGGAAAGUUGUUUUCAUUUUCCUCUCCCACUAAUAACAAUACAAGUUAUAUGUGCUCUAUUGUUCCGAAUCAGCUUGCUACUUACAAAUGCAUGUGGCAACAGAAGCAAUUAUUUGAUAGUCUGUGUGCUAUAUCAAAUGGAGAAUUACUCUUACUAAGGACAAUAGUAAAUAGCCAUUUAAACACUUGUCAAAGAACAAGACCUUCAGUGAGUGAGAUGACUGCUUCCAUUGAAGAAUUCUUACCAGUGUUCUGUAAAUCAAAGGAAUCCUUGGAUUCUUACCUAAUUGGGGGGUCGAAAGCUGUCACUGCAGUGGCUUCUUCAUGUCUUUUUGUUGUUACUCAAGAAAUGGAGAAACUGGUAUAUGAAAAUUUCAAGGUGAUAAAGGAUUUUAAGAAUGAUUUUCUUGUACCACAAGAGCAGGGUAUAGAUAGCAGCUCAGUUAAAAAUGUUCUGAUUCAUCAUUUUCAAGAAAUAAUUGACAAGGCAAAAAUAAUUGAGGAAGAAUUUACCACUGCAAUAAAGGCAAAUUCUAGUCCUGUAGAUUCAUCUGAGAAGGACCGUUUUUGCGAAAGACAGUGUGCGGAGCUUAAUACUAAGUUUGAUAAAGCCCUCGAGUCCACAUAUCAACACAUUGCAUCGGUGUUGCAGAAUUUAUGUUCCGCAUGCAUUAUCCCUAGUGUUGAAGACUCCACGAAAAAAAUUGGUUCAGGGAAAGUCCUAUUUGACGGUUCAUGGAAAGUGCUAUUUGACUCAUUUGAAUCGUUUACCUCAAAUCUUGACAUCAACAAGCUAUGUGAUGAUCUUUUAAAAACAAUCACUUUUGGGGAGGAACUGGUGAAUUGUUGUGACAAUAAAAUUUGCAGUCAUUCUUGCAAAGUAGGAGUCCAUUUUCAAAAUCUUCAUAUGCUCGUGGAUCUAUUACUGAAAUUCAGUGACGAGCUCUUGAAAAAUUUCUUAGCUAUGCACAGAUCAGUAGCAGUAACAACUCAUGUGAUUGCAAAUGUUCUAGUUUCUUUAUUUUCAAAAGGUUUUGGAACAUCAGCAGAAAACAACGAGGAAGAUGGAACCCUCAAUACAUCUGAAGAUGCAAGUGGGACUGGCAUGGGGGAAGGUGUUGGAUUAAAUGAUGUCAGUGAUCAGAUCACUGAUGAAGAUCAGCUGCUGGGAACACGUGAACAGCAAAAGGAAAAGCAAGAGGACUCCAACGAAGUGCCAAGUAGCAAUAAAGAAGGCAUUGAGAUGGAUCAGGAUUUUCAGGCUGAUGCAGUAAGCCUUAGUGAGGAGUCUAAUGAAAAUGAAGACUGUGAUGGUGAGAAUGAGGAGCUUGAGUCUGAAAUGGGUCCCACGGGACCAGAUAGUGAAGCAGUUGGAGAGAAAAUUUGGGAUCAGAAUGAAGACGAGGCUCCUAAAGAUACAAAAGAAAAGUAUGAAUCAGGACCUUCAGUUAAGGAUAGAGACGUAAGCAACCAAGAGUUAAGAGCCAAGGAUGACUCUACCAUCAAUGAAUCUGGGGACGAUAGUUGUGAUGAAGGUGAUGCUCAGAAUGAUGAAGCUGUAAACCAGAAUGAUUUUGAUGAUGAAGAAAAUGCAGAAGAGGUAAAUAUGGACAAAGAAGAAGCAUAUUCUGAUGCUACUGGAUUGAAGCCGGAUGAACCAGAUCAUUCUUCUGACUUGGAGAUGGAUUUGAAUGCAAAUGAAGAUGUGGAUCCUGUUGAAGAGGGAGAUCUGGAAGGAGGGCAGAAUGAGCCAGCUGAGAAUGAGAACCAGGAUGAUGAGACAUGCCCACCUGAUGAAAUUAUGGAAGAAGCAUGUACUGAAGUUGAUGUUUCCUCUGAAAAAGAUGAUCUAGGUCAGGAAAAUCAAGAGAAUGGUGACAUGAAUUCCGCGGAACCAAAGAAAGAUACAUCUGAAUCUUCUGAUGUGGUUAAUGCACAAGUUUCUCCUGUUGAUUUAGCAUCACAGUCCAAAACUGAUUUGCAGACAUCUGGUUCCGAAAAUAUAGCAUCAGAGUCAAAUUGGUCAAAUAGCCAUCAUGACUUUGACAACCCUGCUCUCACGGGUGGCUUUCCUUCUAGUGAUAUGUCUGAGAUGGAUCUUAAGAUGUCAGACUCCUCAAAUGCUGGGGGAUAUAGUAAAUCUCAACCUAAAUCAAACCGUCCACAGCACGAGCAUUCAUUUUCUCAAGAAAAACAAACUAAUCCUUCCCGAAGUACAGGGGAUGCACUUGAUUUAAGGAAAGAAAGAAUAAAUGUAUCUGGUGAUCUCCCUGAGGAUAACCUAGAGAAUCAUGGUGACAUGGAUGAUGAUAAUGCCGAUGAGUAUGGAUAUGUUUCUGAAUUUGAAAAGGGGACAACUCAGGCUUUGGGACCUGCAACGUUGGAACAGGUUGAUAGAAACAUUGAUGGUGAUAAGCUUGAUACUGAAGGUCGUGUUGGAGAAGAUGCAAAUUUGCAGUUUGGGAAGGAAAAAUCAGAAAUAGAUUCUGUAAGUAAUUCUUCCUUACUCCCUAGAAAUGAAAAAAGGGAUCAAUCGAAUAUGCCAGCCACAGCGAAGUCUCAAGAUGAUGGAUACGUGAAUCCUCUUGCUAGCGCAAAUAUUGAUCCUGAAAGUCGUUCGGAAGAUGUAGUUUCUAUCAGUAGAUCAUACUUGAGUGAGAACACACAUAAAUUAAGCCAACUUUCUGUACAUGGUGUGCAUGAUGAGGAAUUGGGAAAUUGCCAUGAACCUUGCGACGUUCCUGAUCAUGUGAAAGAUAUUGCUACUGCUCUCUGGAGAAGAUUUGAACUUAGCACUACAAAGUUAUCUCAGGAAUUGGCUGAGCAGUUGCGUCUUGUAUUGGAGCCCACGGUGGCCAGCAAGCUCCAAGGGUAUUAUAAAACAGGAAGAAGGAUACAUAUGAAAAAGGUAAUACAAUUCAUAGCAAGUUAUUUCCGUAUGGAUUUAAUAUGGCUUAGGCGGACCAGACCCAACAAACGUGAUUACCAAGUCGUGAUUGCUGUUGAUGAUUCACGUAGCAUGUCGGAGAGCUGCUGUGGGGAUGUUGCAAUUGAAGCUUUGGUUACAGUAUGUCGUGCUGUUUCUCAACUCGAAAUGGGGAGUUUGGCCGUUGCGAGCUUUGGAACAAAAGGGAACAUAAAUUUGCUGCAUGAUUUUGAUAGGCCAUUCACCGGAGAGGCUGGGGUUAAGAUGAUCUCAAAUUUGACGUUCCAGCAAGAGAAUACUAUUGCCGAUGAACCAGUUGUUGAUCUGCUGAAAUUUUUGACCAACAAGCUAGAUGCUGCAGUUGUAAAAGCACGUCUUCCGUCUGGACGUAACCCCCUACAGCAACUUGUUUUAAUAAUUGCAGAUGGUCGUUUUCAUGAAAAGGAAAACUUAAAGCGGUGUGUUCGAGAUGCAAUAGCCAGUAAUCGAAUGGUUGCUUUCUUGCUUCUUGACAACUCUCAGGACUCAAUAAUGGAUCUCAUGGAAGCAUCCUUUGAGGGCGGAAAGAUGAAAUUUUCUAAGUACAUGGAUUCCUUUCCCUUUCCCUAUUAUAUUGUUCUGAGGAACAUUGAUGCACUGCCUAGAACCCUUGCGAACCUACUGAGACAGUGGUUGGAGCUUAUGCAGUAUUCAAAUUCCUAAGUGGUUGAAGACUCAUUGAAGACAUUAAAAAUCCAUUUGAGUUCAAGAAUGCAGAUACGACAUGUGAUUUAUAUUGAAGAGGGAUUAGAAAACAUCAUUGGGUUAUUGGGUCUGAAAUUUUUUUGUACAUGAAAAGUACAUGAAAUUGUAUAAUAAUUAAUAACAAUUAUACAGUUGUACAAUCCAAUGUACAGAUUCUACUUUGAUUAAGAAUGUGAUGUUUGCUGCAUUCAAUGAAAUCCUACUAGCAAGUAAUUCUGAACA